UGCGCCGCACACCGCGCACGCGCAGUCCUCGCUGCCGGUCCGGCGGCCACGGCGGCGCGGGGCGGGCUCCUGCGCGAUGGCCGAGGGCAACGGGGAGGCAGUCACGGUCCCCGCGUCCGGGGCCGCCAACGGCCUCAGCAAUGGGGCGGGCGGCACCUCGGCGCAGCCCAACAACCCGCUGUCGCGGAAGCUGCAUAAGAUUUUGGAGACGCGGUUGGACAAUGACAAGGAAAUGUUGGAAGCUCUCAAGGCACUUUCAACCUUUUUUGUUGAAAAUAGUUUGCGGACGCGAAGAAAUUUACGUGGAGAUAUUGAACGCAGAAGUUUAGCCAUCAAUGAAGAAUUUGUAAGCAUUUUCAAGGAAGUGAAGGAAGAACUUGAAAGCAUAAAUGAAGAUGUUCAAGCAAUGAGCAGCUGUUGUCAAGAUAUGACAAGUCGCUUACAGGCAGCAAAGGAACAAACUCAAGAUUUGAUAGUAAAAACCACUAAGCUUCAAGCUGAAAGUCAAAGAUUAGAAAUAAGAGCACAAGUUGCCGAUGCUUUCUUAUCCAAGUUCCAACUAACUUCUGAUGAAAUGAGUGUUCUCCGAGGUACAAGAGAAGGACCUAUUACUGAGGCUUUUUUCAAGGGAUUGGGAAGAGUAAAACAGAUUCAUAAUGAUGUCAAAGUCCUCUUGCGUACAAACCAACAAACAGCAGGUUUAGAAAUUAUGGAACAGAUGGCCUUGCUUCAAGAAACAGCUUAUGAAAGACUUUAUCGAUGGGCUCAAAGUGAAUGCAGAACAUUGACACAAGAAUCAUGUGACAUAUCUCCAGUAUUAACUCAGGCAAUGGAAGCCCUGCAGGAUAGACCUGUCUUAUAUAAGUAUACCUUAGAUGAAUUUGGAACAGCUAGAAGAAGUACAGUUGUCCGUGGAUUUAUUGAUGCUCUUACUAGAGGGGGCCCAGGAGGUACACCUAGACCCAUUGAAAUGCACUCCCAUGACCCUUUAAGAUAUGUAGGAGAUAUGUUGGCUUGGCUCCAUCAAGCUACUGCUUCUGAAAAAGAACACCUUGAAGCUCUCUUAAAGCAUGUAACUACACAAGGUGUUGAAGAAAAUAUUCAAGAAGUUGUUGGGCAUAUCACUGAGGGGGUAUGCAGGCCUCUAAAGGUUCGAAUUGAACAAGUAAUAGUCGCUGAACCUGGAGCGGUUUUAUUAUAUAAAAUUUCUAACCUCCUAAAAUUUUACCACCAUACAAUCAGUGGCAUUGUUGGAAAUAGUGCAACCACAUUGUUGACUACCAUUGAAGAAAUGCAUUUGCUAAGCAAAAAAAUAUUCUUCAAUAGCUUGAGUCUUCAUGCAAGUAAAUUAAUGGACAAGGUUGAACUCCCACCACCUGAUCUUGGACCAAGUUCUGCAUUAAAUCAGACACUCAUGUUGUUGCGUGAAGUUUUGUCAUCUCAUGAUUCCUCAGUUGUACCAUUAGAUGCCCGUCAAGCUGAUUUUGUGCAGGUUUUAUCGUGUAUCUUGGAUCCUCUCCUUCAGAUGUGUACUGUGUCAGCCAGCAAUUUAGGCACAGCUGACAUGGCAACUUUCAUGGUCAAUUCACUGUAUAUGAUGAAGACAACAUUAGCUCUGUUUGAAUUUACUGACAGACGUCUAGAAAUGCUACAGUUUCAGGUUGAAGCACAUUUGGACACACUUAUAAAUGAGCAAGCUUCUUACGUUUUAACUAGGUCAGGAUUGAGUUACAUCUAUAACACCAUACAGCAACAUAAACCUGAACAGGGUCCUUUGGCUAAUUUUCCCAACCUAGAUUCUGUGGCACUGAAGGCUGCAAUGGUGCAGUUUGAUCGUUACCUGUCAGCCCCAGACAACCUGUUAAUGCCACAGUUGAACUUCCUUCUCAGUGCCACAGUAAAAGAGCAGAUCAUCAAACAGUCUACUGAAUUAGUCUGUAGAGCCUAUGGUGUGGUGUAUACUGCUGUGAUGAAUCCAGUCAAUGAAUACAAAGAUCCAGAGACCAUUCUACACCGAUCGCCACAGCAAGUGCAGACACUUCUCUCCUGAUUAUAUUAUUUGAAUGUUAGCAAAAUAUUGCAUUCCAAGAACACUGAAGGUUUUCUUGGUAUUUAGUUGGUCAAUCUUUACUUUGAAAUUUGAUAGAUACAGUUUUCUUUGUGUCAAAAGAUUGUAAGUCCCAAUAAUUACUUUUUUUUGGUCACAGUAUUGUGGAAGUAAGGAACUUAUGUUGACCUGAAGUAGUGUUGCUCUAUUUCUACUCUCCAUGUAGAGAAGCUCUGUUAUCUGCACCUCUCCAGCUCUGCCGUUUCCCCUCUAUUUUGGAAUAUGAUUGUACGGGGAAAAAGGAGUAGAUGAAGUUGGAGGGAUUUUUUUUACAAGAUCAGUUUUAAAUUAACUAUAUCUAAAAAAAUAGAUUUAAGAAUUAGUAUGAGGAUAUGACCUAAGAAAUGUCACUUUACCUAAAGAUUUGUUUGCUUUCUCAUUAGUUAUGUGAGUAGGUGCACUUACAUUGAGGAGCAGGAAUGUACACUCAGCAAAAGCAGGCAGGGAAAGAAAUAAUUUAAACUGUGUGGAUUCCACUCUGUGUAUGCCUUGAGCUUAAUUCAGUGUGAAGUUUAGCACUUAGAAUGGGGUUUAGGUGUGUAGACAUUCUGUACUGCAUAAAACUCUAGUCUUUAAAGAUAGAUAUUUGUUAUACAAUGUGAGCUCUAAAUUCAACCAGGUACAAAUUUUGUCGGAUGUUCAAACCAAAGAAAUAAUGAUCUAUUCUAACAGUGGAAGAAAAAUGCCAGAGUAGCAAUUGCUAAUUGACAUUAAUUGAUAUCUAUCUCCAUGGUGGCCCCUUAACCAAGAUGAUUUGGGUUCUCAUUUUAGAGCUUUAUCUAUGAGUAAUACUCAAAAUCACUGUGUAUUUAAAAAAAAUAAUAAUAAAUUUCAGUGUUUCAUGUGACCUUGCUUUGUAAGAUUUUGAGCAAAAUGUCUUAAUUUCUGGUAAAUCAACCAAAAGAAAUCUUGAAUUAUAAAUUAGAAAACCAAAGCAUAAGGAAAAGUUGACUAAGUUAAGAUAUUUCGAAAAGUAGUAAGAUAAAAUUAACACUUAUAUUAAAAU